ACUGUGAUAUUGGUGCGUUCGUUUAUGUAUAAAGAUUAAAACGGGAUUAGAAGAAAAUAUUUCUAUCUCUCUCACCUCCACUAGUUAACAUAUAUUUCUAUCUUCGUUGCUGCCUCAUUGUUUACACUACUGAUUCAAGAAUGAAUGACUUCAAACCUGAUGUGAUAUCUUUUUGUUUACAUAUCUGUGAUAAAAAUAUACCGUUUUCAAACAAAAUUUUCUAAAGACGAUCAGUUUGAAAGCAUUAUCAAUGUGAAUAUUUGAAUAUGGUACCAUUUUUCUUUUUCUUCCUGAGCGGCAUAAUAUUUUCAUACACGGCGGACGUUAAUAGACCCCAAGCAACAGCUAAAACCAUAGUAGAUGCCGAAGAAUGCGAAGAAGUUCGAAAACUCUGCCAUAGUUUGAGCGAAAAAGACGAUCUCCUCGUACUCGAAUGCCUCUUAUCCACAAGCCCUGAACAUUUAAUUAGUAUCAAACAAGACUGUCAGAAUGUAAUAUGGGAGCACACGAAAAAUCUCAUACAAUUCGAAAACGUUAAAAGAUAUCUGACUCCCUCUUGUAGAUCUGAUCUAACGAAGCUGCCCUGUUCAGAAGACUACAGAGAUGACUAUUUGAAAUGUGUAGUGAACAACAUCGAAUUUAUACAAAAUCUUGAUUGCAAACACGCUUUGAGCAGGUUGCAGAAUGCUGCUUUCACUGACCAUCUUUGGAGUCCAGAGUUCAUAAAGGAGUGUCAGGAAGAUAUAACGUCCCUGAAAUGUGGUUUUAUUGAUCCUCAUAGCUUUUCUCAAGCCAGAACGCUGACUUGUUUGCAGAACAAUAUUUUUAAGGUUAAGGACAGCUGCAAAAGGGAAAUAUCUCACCUGUCGCAACUACAGUCAUUGAACAUAAAACUAGAUGCUCAGCUGUAUGUGGAUUGUAGUGAUGAUCAGCAACGGUACUGUCACCAACUUGUGACUGGCAGCGGAAGAGUGUUUCCCUGCCUCAUGCGACAGCUGCAUAUGGACCAGUCGAGGAUAAGCACGAAAUGCCGUCAACACUUACGACGCAGGGAAAAACUAAUAGCUCAAGACUUUAGGAUCAGCAAAGGGCUUAUCCGGGCUUGCAGAGAGGACAUCAAAAACAGCCACUGUCGCCAGAAAACGUCUAGUGAGAAGACAGUCCGUCUGGCUCAGAUCCUUUUGUGUUUAGAGGAUCGUAUGAGGAAUGGGACGAAAGUCUCCUCUGAGUGUGAAUCGGAGAUAAUGGAGCAUCGUCGGAUGUUGAUGGAUGAUUACAGGUUGUCUCCUGAGAUUGUGAAUAGCUGUAAAAAUGAAACGGCUACUUUUUGUCAUGGGUUCGAGGUGGGUGGAAGAACUAUUCACUGUCUGAUGAAUCACGCUUUGAAUAGAGGAAGUAUUUCGAGGCAGUUCAAUCUUGGAGAUAGUUGUUUGAGAGCGCUUGAUGACCUUGUGAAGCAGACCAACCCCGGAGAAAACUGGGCCGUGGAUCCAGUCUUGCGCCAAGCCUGUGACCCGGUGGUGAAGGUAGUAUGUAGCAAUGCAGGGGUAGGUGAUGAACGAGUCAUGUCUUGCCUCAUGGACAACAUGCGAUCUGAUACAAUGACGGAAGACUGUGAGAACGCCUUACUAGAGAUCCAGUAUUUUAUUGCCAGAGAUUUCAAACUGGAUCCACAGCUCUACAGGGCAUGUAAACAAGACGCAAUCAGGCACUGUCACCUUGUAGAAAGCAGAGAGGCGGAGCAGGGGCCUAGUUAUUCGCGAGAGAUCCUGCCUUGUUUGUACAGGCAUGCAUAUCAGUCUGAAGAGGGCUUGAAGAUUCAAAAACCUUGCCUCCAGCAGAUCCAGAGAGUGAUGAGGCAGAGAGCAAUAAGCGUCGAUCUUCAACCGGAAAUAGAAGAAGCGUGCGUCAAAGAUCUAAGCUAUCACUGUCGUGAAAAAAUGAAGAAAGGGGAAGAAAUGCAGUGCCUGCAGGAUAACUUGGAAGACCUCGAUGACAAGUGUCAUGAUGUCAUUGUCUCUUUUACAGAAAUCGAGGCAGAACGGGUGGAUCUGAAUCCUUUCAUCUCAAAAUACUGCAACAAACUUAUCGAUAUGUUAUGUAGCAACGAACCAGACAUCAUGAUGUGUCUAAUCGAAAAUAAAAAUCACCCCCAAGUGAAAUUGGCGCCUUCCUGUCGUGCUAGUAUCGAACACUUUCAGCUUAUAUCACUGAAAAAUUACAAAUUCAGCUACAAGUUCAAAGUUGCUUGCAAAGCUUAUGUCGAUCGGUUGUGCCCUAGAGCUUCACUGAUAAGUGAAAUAAUAUCUUGUCUCAGCGAGAACAUCCUGAAUGCCACUUUGCAGGGGGUGAAGAGCAGCAUUCCAAAGGAGUGCAGGCAGCAGUUGAAGGCACAGAUUUUUCAGCAGAGAGAGAAAAUCGACUAUGAUCCAGUGUUGAAGAAGGCCUGCUUGACGGACAUAAACACGUUUUGUAGGCAUGUGCAACCUGGAAACGCUCAAGUGAGUUUAAUGAACCGGGAUGAGAAAGGGUUCAGCACAAAAUGCCGUACAAUCAUCAUGCAUCGCAUCAUGGAGCAGAACUCCAACAACUUGUUGAAUCCUUCAUUGCAGCAGAAUUGCCAGCUUGACAUAUCAAAGUUCUGCAAACAAGAAUUGCUGUCUCAUAACGAGAAAGAGGUCGGUGACUCUGUGAUUAAAUGUCUGAAAAACAAGUUCAGAUUGUCAAAACUAUCCAACGCUUGUGAGAAGGAGAUGGUAGAGAUACUGAGAGAGAGGGCGCUAGACAUCAACCUCAAUCCUCUAAUAAGGAUAUCAAUUGCCUCAGAACUGUAAUGGAAAGUUCAACUCAAAACUUAUCUGUGGACUGCCAGAAUAAGCUCAAAGAAAGAUUGGAGAUGUAUAAAAACGCGGCUCAAGUGAUCCAAACUCCGGAGGACCUCGGAGAACUUUUGCAUCAAGUGACACUGUCACCUUCUAAGAACUACUUUACGAUCAUUUUGUUCACCAUAGUUGGAAUGAUUUUUUUGAUCGGUGUGUAUUGCGGACGGUUUUCGAAGAGGAAAUACAGAUUACUGAAGAACAAGUGACGGCGGGCUUUGAAACUGAAUGAUAAUGUGGUUCAGGGAAAGUUUUACUAUCGACAAAAGCUUUGAUGUAUAUUUCAACUUUGAUGAUGUUUUGAUAAGCAGAACAUAAAUCACUCCAAUGUCGACUGAUAAUUAGAAAGUAACCAUAAAAAACACGGGGUUCUAUUUUAUUUCAUCCAACAAGUUUUCAUCUUCCUAACUCAUUUUCAUUUAUCCUAAUUGUAUUAUCAACCUUUCCUUAUUGUUAUAUAAGAUCUUCACAUUACAGUAUUAUUUCUAACGAAAUUUAGGUUUUUGUUUUAUUGUAUCAAAAAACGUAUACUGUAACAGUUUCUUGGGAAAAUGAAGGCUAUUAUUGAAGUGAAGUGAAAUUGUAAUGAGUUUCUAUUUCUACAAGGCUCGAAAUUUUUAGAGAAAAACACUGAAAGUCUUUUUAUACUAUGUUGUUUGUGAAACUUUUCAUUGUACUAUGUAAUAAGAGUAAUAUAUAAAUUAAUAUUUUUCAA